AUGUUGCCCGGAUUCUGGGGGGCAAUAGAUUUUUCCAAAAUUGAGUACUGUGUACGCACCACGGAUAUGACCUUAGUAUCACCUGCUGAAAUAAAAGAAAAUUUAUCGUCAACAUUACCUACAUCAAAUAAGCAACAGGAAUGUCCACUUGAUCGCCCGUUGGGCAGGAACUCGUGGAGUGUCCUUCACACAAUGGUAGCAUACUACCCUGAUAAACCUACUGUUGCUGAACAGAAUGAUAUGGUUCAAUUUCUGGCAUUAUUCACGAAAUUCUAUCCUUGUGAAGACUGUGCAGAAGAUUUCAAGGAAAGAUUGGCUGCCAACUCACCAGCAACAGAAAGUAGUUCCAAACUAUCACAGUGGCUAUGUGUUAUGCACAAUCAAGUCAAUAAGAAGCUCUGUAAACCCGAGUUUGACUGUAGCUUAGUUGAAAAAAGAUGGAGGAAUGGUUGGAAAGAUGGAUCAUGUGAUUCGCGUGGCCAGUUUAUUUUCUAGUUUUCAUUCUAUCAUCUUGUCUUAUUGUACAUCAAUACACAUUUAUUUAAUA